AGACCGUCGACCGGCCGGGUUCUCAAACUCUCAGUAGUCGUCUAUAUUUACGUAUCGCGCGCGAACAAAGAGCAAAACAACAGAAAAAAGUACAUUCUCAGUCAUUCUUCACGCAUUCUCAAAUUAAUUGUUGCUUACAAGUGAUCAAGGUCAAGUUCUUUGAAGAAUUAAGAAUUUUUUAUUAAUCCCUUAGGGGUUUAUUCAAAAAAACGUAGUUGGACACGUAAUCGGCAUAAUCAUUCUUUAUUUAUAACAGUUUUGUGUUAAAAAUUUUUGGCAAGAUGAGACGUAGCGCAUGCUGCUGCAUAUGUUCCUUAUUUGUCGCUGUUUUGAUAGUUUUCGGGACUUUUUACGCCUAUUCUUUAAUUGAUUCUGCAAUAGCCGGUCAUAAAGAUUGUGAAUGCAUCAAUUAUGAUUGUGGUUGUUGUGCUCAUGUGCACGUAAGUGAUAUACUUGAUGGGAAUUUAUGUUCUAACUUCACAUAUUUACCUGAUCCUGACUAUGGUAUUUCUACAACGAUAACUUAUAAUAAUCUAACUAUAUUCAAUAAGACUGUAUCAGCAAGAAAUCCACCACCAAUUUGUGUAAUCCAUGUAGAGAAAAUUGAAAUGGAAUUUUGCCUUCGUUUUGAAGACUUGGAAAUAAAAGAUAAGUGUUUUACUGGACAUACAGAAGUUGAAAUAGAAUUCUUCCAUGUCGUACCACUAAAACAUAUAGAUCUAGGACAUUUUGCAAUUAAUUGUCCUAAACCCCUUGCUUGGUAUACAAAAUUAUGGAAUUUAGUUAACGUUCCUAUUUAAAAAUAGUGUAUGAGUAUUGGGAU